CAGAGGACUAACAAGUAUUUCAAUUUAAAGUUCAAUUCACCAAAAUAAAAUAAGAGCAAACGGAAAAAAUGACGCUCGUGCCAACCACAUAUGGCAGUUACGCGCGUGAACUCGACCGCCCACGUUACUAUCCACCAUACGAUUUUCAUCUAUACCCCUACCUCUGGGACGAUGCUCGUUUGUGGUGGCCCUCAACGGAACGUCUGUUGCGUCCACUGGACGACUUGGUUACGCGUCGCGUGCGCAAUCAGUUGAUACAAUCCUCACUGCUGGACUGGCGUUAUCCGAUGCGUUGGGAGAAUUACUAUGCGGGCGAGCGGGUGCAUGUGGACGAGAAGGGCUUUCAAGUGGACAUUGAUGUGCGUCAAUUUAAGCCGCACGAGAUUGUGGUGAAGACCAACGAUGACUAUGUGAUCGUGCAGGGCAAUCAUGAGAAGCGAAACGAUGGCAAUGGUCUUGUGGAACGCCACUUUAUACGUAAAUACCUACUGCCACGCGGUUUCAAUGCCAACGAUGUGAUUUCGAAUCUCUCCUCCGAUGGCAUUUUGACCAUCAAAGCACCACCUCCACCGCCGACUAAGUACUAUACGCCGAAUGAGCGCUUGGUGCGGGUGCAUGAAACGGGUAAAUUGGCAUUGCCCUGGAAAUGAGUAUGAUACGCAUGAGUGGGAGAGAAAAUUAAAAAAAAAUACAAAUGUAUGCAGGUGCAAUAGAAACAAGUGAAAUAUAGUUAUAUAGUUUAAUUAGAAUUGUAAACACCUUCAAGUUGUUAAUAAGUACAAAAGUGAAAUAAAUUAAUCAUCAACAAGAGCUAUUUA